UUCCCAUACACCACGCACUGCCACAUCUACAUAUAGAGUAAUCAUACACAUAUACACACAAUGGUAUCAUUCAAACGCAUACCUAAUAUAUGUAUUACCACAUAUAUAUCAGUUUUCUUGACAUUCACCAGUCUUGUUUCAGCAGUCCCAUUAACCGUUGGUGAUAAGGAUAGUACCUGUGCCGCAGCAAAAGUAGUUGCUGAUGGUAUUUGGAACUAUUAUGAAGGAUUAAAAUAUGGUGGUGUAGUUGGAAUGUUUGCUCCUCCAAAUUAUUGGUGGAAUGCUGGUGAAGCAUUUGGUGGUCUCGUCGACUACUACACAUUCUGUGAUCCAAACAAUGAUACUUUAAAGGACCUUAUUUUCAAUGGAAUGUAUCACCAAGCAGGUGAGAAUUACAAUUACGUUCCUUCUAAUCAAUCCAUGACUGAAGGAAAUGAUGACCAAGGUGUUUGGGGUAUGGGUAUUAUGCAAGCUGCUGAAAGAAAUUUCACUAAUCCCGAGGAUCAUAGUUGGAUUUCUUUAACUCAAGCUAUUUUCAACACCAUGAAUGCAAGAUGGGAUACAUCCCACUGUAAUGGUGGUCUUAGAUGGCAAAUUUUUACUUGGAAUUCUGGUUAUAACUAUAAGAAUUCCAUUGCCAAUGGAUGUCUUUUCCAUCUUGCGGCAAGAUUAGCAAGAUAUACCGGUAAUAGUACCGUGUACCUUGAUGUAGCUGAAAAAGUUUGGGAUUGGAUGGAUGAAGUUGGAUUCCUUACUGAAGAAGAUAAUGGAAAUUUUAGAAUUUUUGAUGGGGCUAAUGUUGAAACCAAUUGUACUGAUGUCACCCAAUUAAGAUGGUCGUAUACUUAUGGUAUUUUUAUGGCCGGAUGUGCUUAUUUAUACAAUUUUACUGGAGAUACAAAGUGGCAAACAAGAGCUAAUGAAAUUGUGGAGGCUUCUCUUAGUUAUUUCUUCCAAAACAAAAUUAUGACUGAAACUACUUGUGCUCCAUUCAACAAAUGUAAUAACGAUCAGAGAUCUUUCAGAUCACUUUUCGCAAGAUGCCUUGGUUUAACUACGUUACUCAUGCCAGAAACCGAAUCCGUAAUCGCACCUUAUUUGGAAGCCUCCUCUGCAGCUGCUGCCCAAUCAUGUUCUGGUGGUAGUGAUGGUGUUACUUGUGGUGAAAAUUGGGCCGCUAAUGGAUGGGAUGGUGUUUAUGGAUUAGGAGAACAAACUUCUGCAUUGGAAGUUUUGAUGUCCUUAAUUGUCCAAGAACCAUUGUCGGUGAAGACUGGAGGUAGUAACAAAACCGAUUUUGAUGCAGGUACCAAGGCCAAAGAUGCCAUCAAUAAGAAUGAAAUUGUUGUUACUGGUAAAGAUAGGGCUGGUGCUGCCGUUUUAACUGCUGUUGUUUUAGCUGUUAUCUUAGGUGGAGCUAUAUGGAUGAUCUUCUAAAGCGAUUCUACAGUACUUUAUAAGUUUUCACUAUAGUUUUUGUUUUAUAUAUAUAUAUAAAGUUCUAUUACUGAAUUAUUUCUUAGUGUCAAGUAGACAGUAACAAGUUCCUUCCUUGU